AUGCUCCUGCUGGUUUGCUUCUGUUGCGGUCUGGCUGUCGUUUUGGGGCAGCAAGAUCCUGAAUUCUUAGCCCGGGAACUGGAGGCGGCUGAGAUUCUGGACUACAGCCUCAUCGACAAUGUUGCUCGGAGAGUCCCCAGACAAGCCCGGUUUCUGCAGCGGCUGGAAACCAGACCCCGAAUGUCUGAAUUCUCGGUGAGAUCCACGAUCAUUUCCCGCUACGCUUUCACCACCGUCUCCUGCACCUUGGUGAACAGUGGCUCCGAGGACAGGGAAGGCGUCUUUGAAAUGCAGGUCCCCGUCACGGCCUUCAUCACUAAUUUUACCAUGGUCAUCGGUGACAAAGCUUACCAUGGCGAAGUUAUCGGGAAAGAUAAGAGGCUUGGAGAAGCGGCAAGACACCACAGAUAUUCAAGGCCCAGAGACGAUGGGGAACAUGGAUUCGAGACGUUCAAGGCAUCUGGAACCAUUCCCAGGAAAGGGCAGGCCGUUUUCCUGCUCCAUUAUGAAGAGCUCUUGCAAAGACGGCUGGGGAAGUAUCAGUAUACCCUCAGCAUCCGUCCUCAGCAGUUGGUGGGGCGCUUGCGUGUUGAAGUGAACAUCCUCGAAAAUUCGGGAAUCACCUCCCUGGAAGUUCCACCGCUCCAAAGCAGCCGGAGCAGAGGCGGCGGGAAUGGCGAAGAUGACCCAUCCCCACCCCCUUCGACGGUGAUCGGCCAGACGAAAACCCUGGCCAAAGUGACCUUCAGUCCCAGCGUGGUCCAGCAAGCCAAGAUUGCACGGAACGGCAUUCUGGGAGAUUUCAUUGUCCGGUACGAUGUCAACAGAGAGCUGAGUGUCGGGGAUGUGCAGGUUUUGAAUGGAUAUUUUGUGCACUAUUUUGCUCCCAAAGAUCUCCCUCCACUCCCGAAGAAUGUGGUCUUUGUACUUGACAGCAGUGCUUCCAUGGUGGGGACCAAGCUGCGGCAGACCAAGGAUGCCCUGUUCACCAUUCUCCAGGACCUGAGGCCUGAGGAUCACUUCAACAUCAUUGGCUUCUCCAAUCGAAUCAAGGUCUGGCAAGAAGACCGCCUGGUGCCGGUGACCCCUGACAAUAUCAGGGACGCGAAGGUCUACAUCCACCACAUAUCGCCUACAGGAGGCACAAACAUAAACGGGGCCCUCCAGAUCAGCACAAAAAUCCUCAGUGACUACAUCUCCCAGAGCGACAUUGACGCCCGAAGCGCCUCCCUGAUUAUCUUCUUGACCGACGGGCGGCCCACGGUCGGGGAGACGCACUCCACCAAGAUUAUCAACAAUACCAAGGCGGCCAUUCGCAACCAGUUCUGCCUCUUCACCAUCGGCAUCGGGCACGACGUCGACUACAAACUGCUGGAGAGGCUGGCGCUGGAGAACUGCGGGAUGAUGCGGCGCGUCCAGGAAAACGAGGACGCCGCGGAGCAGCUGAAAGGAUUCUACAACGAGAUCAGGACCCCACUUCUUUCUGAUAUCCGAGUUGACUAUCCGGCUGGCAGUGUGGAGCAUGUUACCCAGAACCUCUUCUCCAACUACUUCAAUGGGUCCGAAAUUGUCAUUGCCGGGAAGCUCUUGAACCACACGGCCAACAGCCUCCACGUGGAAGUGACUGCCAGCAACACCAAGAAGUACAUCUUGCUAAAAACUGACGUGGCCGUCAAUCUCCCCAGCCAGAACCACAUUGGGAGCGCUUCCAACAGCAUCGAUGACCCCACUGGCGAUCAGAACUACGUGGAACGGGCCUGGAGUUACCUCACCAUCAAGGAGCUUCUGACUUCCUGGCUAAAGAGUGAUGACUCUGAGGAGAGGGAGCACCUCCGAGAACAAGCCGAGAAAUUGGCCCUCACCUACAGCUUUGUCACCCCUUUCACCACGCUGAAGAUGAAGGAGCUCGGGGUGCAGACAGAAGUGCCAACAGGGGUCUACAUCGAACCAUCUACUGGCGGUUUGGGGGAGACUAUGCAGGGGCUGAAGGGUCCCGAGGCCCCAGCAGGUUCUAUCCCUGGAAAAAUUGACAAAGAAAGAAUUAAAGCCUCAAAAACAUCAGCGGAUGGGGACCCUCACUUUGUCGUUGAUUUCCCCUUGAGCAAGUUAACCGUUUGCUUCAACAUUGAUGGGCAGCCCGGGGAUAUCCUCCGGCUAGUGUCCGAUCAUGAGAACUCUGGUGUAACGGUGAACGGUCAGCUGAUUGGCGCCCCGGCACCACCCAACGGCCAUAAGAAGCACCGGACCUACUUCAGAAGCAUCACCAUUCUCAACAACAAGCCAGACAGAGCCUACCUGGAGGUCACGCCCACCAAGGUCAUCUUGGACGAUGGGGAGAGACUUGUCUUGUCCUGUGAGCGCAGCGCCGUGGUGGGAACCCAGAACCUCGAGGUGUCCAUCGUUGCCCGGUCCAACGUGACGGUCCUGAUCCGGAGGACCAUUGCUUUUGUCAUUCUGAUCCACCAUUACAAGAAUCCUGCUCCCUACCAGAAAGAUCACUUGGGUUUUUACAUCUCUAAUGGCCAAGGGCUGUCCUCCAGCUCACAUGGGCUGCUAGGUCAGUUCUUACACCAAGUUGUAAACCUCACCCAGAGACCUCGUGGUCAAGGUCCUCAACUGAGCAGCUGGAACCAAACCAAAAGUGGGGACGCCAGCACCAGCAACACAUUACAGCUGAAAGGGCGCCUGGUUCCAGUCGUGUGGAAGCAGAGGAAAAUCUACAAUGGGGAACAGGAAGUGGAUUGCUGGUUCGCCAAGAACAAUGCAGACAAGCUGAUCGACGGGGCCUACAAGGAUUAUCUAGCCUCUCACCCUUUUGACACGGGGACUAGCAGCAUGACGGGGAACAGACUUUAAAGAGAG